UCAAUUAAACGUCUUAACAAAAUUUUUUUGGCUUAUCAAGAUAUGCACUGCUAUUUUAAUGAACAGCCAAAGACUGGUGCUUCUAGCAAAAAGAGUUGUUCAUUUGCUUAAAUCUCGCAAAUCUAACGGGAUUUUUUCGUUUCUUCCUUAUACACAUACCAUUCUACAACAACAAUGCGUAGACGUUGGAAUAAUCGUAACGGAACUUGAAAAAAAAUAACAUUACUUGAUUGCAUUUAUCGCACUGCUAUUUUUGUGAACACAGCUGUACAUAUGUAUGUAUGUAACUAUAAUACAUAUUCCUCGCUAUGAAGUGGCUAAAAUCCAUAAACGUUGCUGCAAUUCGAUAACUUGAACCACAACCCAUCCAAAAUAAAAAAAAGCAAAUAACUUCAUAUUCGCAUGGCCAGUCUUAGUGAUGUUUGGGAAUGGUUUGCACAAGCACGUGCCAGCACCGAAGAGAGGCUUAAAUGCGUUCUAAUUUUUUUCUUAUCACCGGACAUAAUGACAUUGAUAUCCUCAUCAAUACAGCACUCGGAUAAAGACAAAACUGAAUUUGUAUGUAAGCUGUUUCUUUCAGCAUAUUUUCAUAAAUUGUGUAAAAUUCUUUUUUUUCUGCAAAACGAAUUUAUUUAUUUCAUUUUAGAGAUAAUAAUCUGUUUAUAUAUACAGUGGGUGCCACUUAAAACGAUCAACCUGUGAUAACUUUAUAAAACAUCUUAUAACAUCAGGUCUUAAUUAUUUAUUUUGAAUUUUUAUUAUUUUUAUCAAACCUUAUUGAGUGACCAAUACUGAAAACAAAAAUUAUUAUAUUAUUAUGUGAGUUAGGUAUGUUUUCAAAAUUUACAAGAAAAAAAAAAUUACGCUCCACUCAAACAAACUCACUCAUUAAAAGAAACCCAGAUAACGGUAAUUUAUGAAAUGCUUAGUUUGGACGUGUUUUCCAUGAGAUCGACUUAUUAGUUCUGUGGGCGAAUUUAAAACUUUAAGGUAUUGCGCAUUUUUGUAAAAUUGCUUCUCAAACGAAAUACGAAAUGUAAUAAAAAGUCAAAGAUAUACUACUAUUACAAGUACAAGAUCACGCAGCAGUAUAAUUAAGAAAAAGGAAACAAAUUGCUGAGUGGACGUGUGGAGCAUUGGAUUCUCCAAAAAGUCAAAUUACAUCGACAUCUAUGUAAGUGUUCCAAAUCUUUAUCGAUGAACAUUAAAUUAUAUAUACAUAUGUGCAUAAAAUUAUACUUACAUCUUUGAGAUACAAUUUCAUAAAAAUUCUGUGCAAAAAAAUCAUUCUAAGCAUUCCGCCGAUGUCGUUGAAUAAUGGUUAUUGUGUAAUUGUCCUAAAGUCUUCGGAAGCGCGCAAUAUAAAACAUCAACACUGACCUUAUGAAGAAGUGAGAAAAAAUGCUCUUGACUAUACAAAAAAAAAUUGGUGGAAUCCGUUCCUGGUAAGUUAAAAUCGGUUGUAAAUCAAAUUGUUUAUCCCGCAAAGUUAUCAUUUCAAAGAAAAUUUUGAUUAUUUUAUGUGUAUUCAUUUAUUUAAAUAAGUGGCUCAUAUAACUCGACGGGCUUUGCAUAAAUUUGGAAACAUUAUUUGAUAAAUGAGUUUAGGUGGCAUUAAGUUUAGGUGGCAUCCACUGUAUAUAACUAUAUCUUUCUCGAUUAGUGCCGUAGCAAUAUGUUGAUUAUUAGAUUAUAAAAAUUAAAUUCAGGCAUAGUUUUUAAUAACAGAAAUAAAUGUUUUCAGUUUUAUUUUUUCGCAAUACUACAUAUAUACAAAUGUAUCUUAAAUCUAUUUAAGACAUUAAAAUUUCAAACAAGCAUAAACCUAAAAAAAACAACAAAAUGGCAAUGUCAAUUAAAAAUGCUAACACAAGUCGAAAUGCGAAACAAGACUGCGUAAUAUGUAACGAAAAAGUUUUCGGCGACAUGUUUGGUGCAGUGCCUUUACUUCUUUUAAAAUGCAUGGGAAGCAUUUUCUUAUACUUCAAUAUCUUAGAAGUAUUAGUGAUUGAAGAAUUAUUUUAACAUCGAUUUUUUAUAAACAAUUAACUGUUGGUUUUUCCCGAAAAUCUGGGAAAAAUGUUACAUGUCAUUCAAAAGAAAAUCUUCGAUCAAGAACUAGAUGAUUUAUUUUUAAAACUAAUUUUUUUGUCCGAUUGAUCUAAGAUGGAACUUGAUGAACACAAGCCACUAUUACUUUUAAAAUUAAUAAUUUUCUUUUUCAAAUUUAUGUCAAGUCUAGUAUUAUGUAUGUAUUUAAUGUAGCUGUGUUUAUGAUUUUAUAAAAUAAAAUAAUUUACUGGUAUAUAUAUAUUUAAAUUUGUAAUUAUUUCCUGUCUUUGACUACACCUAACCCUUUAACUACAAUGAAGGAAUUUUAAACAAAAAAGUAUGUAAGGAGGAGGUAUGUAAUCAGAAAGUACCAAAAAACCUUGAAUACUAAUCGAAAAAAGUAAUGAAGAAACCUUUGCUCCCUACUCUGAAUAUUAAAAAGCGCAUAAUCUUUUCGACUGCUCAAGACAGCAGAGUAUUGGGACGGACCUCGAUGUACCAAGCGAAGUGGGGAAAAAACCGAACAAAGCUCUACAAGAAUAGAGCUGCUUUAAGGAUGUGUCUUUUCUAACGGCGGUGGUAAUCGUCGGUAAUACCAGGGUCAUGUACAAUUGCUAAAAAUGUAUCAACACGCCGUCCCUUAGGACCGACAUUAACCUCUAAUCUAAAAUGAGCCCAACAAACCAAACCGACUUAAUCAAUUAGGAGUGAAUCAGAAUACCUCCAAUUUAUAACAAUCUGGAGAACUUAAUUCAAUUAACAACACAUCAUCUACGUGAUUUUCGACAUAUGUAUGGCCAUAUAUACAAGUAUGUUUGUUGCAUGUUUUUUACGUAUAUGUUUUGAUUUUGUACCUUAAAUAGAUUGAAGAUACAUUCACCUUCAGUAUUAUAAAAAUAUAAAACUGAAAACAUUUAAUUAUGUUGUUAAAAACUAAGUCUAACUAUUAAAAAAGGUAUUUACCUGCCGGUUGCCUGCUUUUCCAAAUAGUUUCCAUGUAGUGUGCGACUUGAUAUUGUCCUAUAUAUAUGUUUUAAUUUGUUUUCGAUCAGCUAAAGAAUGUGUUGAUAACCUUUUACAAGUUCGAAAAACAUUUAGACAUUUGACAAUAAUAGUAAUCACAAACUAUUAGAAGAAUUUCGCUUGCCAGUAGUGAAACAUACAACGCUCCAAUUGGUAGUCUAAUUUAGUAUAAGUUAAUUUCGAUCAAACAAUAAAAAUAAUUCGAUUUUGUUGCAUGUAAAUGUAUUAUGAUCAACUGAUUCCACUAAUAUUUCACCUUUUGCCCAUCAUAUGAACAUACAUGUGUAUUUACAUAGAAAUGUAAUAAUAAUACCUACAAAUCACGACAGUCGAUCCUACGUAACCGGCCAAGGAUUGUCAACUCGGCAGAAUUCUGCCGCUAUAACAACAACAACAAAUCAAAUUCUGUUAGUGUUAUCUUUUAAAACACCCACCUUUGGCUGUUAGUAUAUACAUACAUAUAUAUAAAUGUACAUAAAUAUUUAAGAAUAUAUUUACUUAUAUUAUUCCUUGCCCAUAUGUACAUGCAUACUACGUACAUAUUAAUGUAGAUAUGUAUAUCAAUUACCGGCGAAUAAUAUACAUAUGUAAUUAUAUGGUACAUACAUAUGUAUGUACAUAUAUUAAAAUAUGAUAUAAGUAUAUGCCCACAUAUUGCACAUAUUCAUAGAAUAUUUACACUUAUUAUGGUAGAUGCAUACAUAAAUACGAGCAUGCAUCCACAUUAAUUUGUGCAUAUGCGAAUACAUCUACUUAAGCACAUACCCAAGCAAAUACAUGUAUAUAUGUAAGUAAAUAACUAUGUACAUAUCUAAAUUCAAAUGACUUUAAAUGUAAAUUCACUUAUGUGUGUAUACACGCAUGAACGUUCGGGUGUUUGUACAAAGAUUUUUGUUGUUUGCACCAAAGAGGGGAAAACAAGACCCGACUAAGUGUCUGGCAUAACCGCCAGAGCUGGCGACAUUCUGUCUGCUCCGAUCAAGCGUUGUUGCCACAUUUUCGUGGAGCUACAAUUGAAAAUACGAGUUUCUUUACACAGCAGUGCUCAUUGGCACUUGCCUACACAUACCAUUACAAGUAUUUGAAUGAACACGUACCCGUUUGUGUGUGCAUGUGUAGAAGUGAAUAUGUGUACAAGCAAACGCCGCCGCGAAACACGAAAACAAGUUUAUCUGUAAAUGCUCAGUGUCUGAAACAAGAAUGAUGUGAUAAAAAGAAACUAGCAACGUGCAUGUAUUUUCAUCGAGGAAUUGAUUUGUUUGCCUUUUUAAUACAAUUUAACAACGUAGGGAACGAAUCAUAGCGGCCGUUACCUCAGCACCGUGGAUGAAACAUGACAACAGUGUACGCUUAGUUCGAUAUGGUUGGAAAACCUGUUUGAAACAGAAAGAACACUCGUAAUACGCUACUUGCACAUUCAGAAGCACAGAUAGACGCUUACGUAUGGACAUGGGCAUGUGUGCAUAUUUAUGUAUGUUGCGUAGGUAUGUGCUAAAGCAUAUGAGUUCGUUUGUGUUUUCGGGUAUAUUACUUGAAUGUUAGCAUGUAGGCGUUUUUGUGUCGUUGGUAUAAAAUAAGUAAGUACCCACACAAUUAUGAAUAUAAGUAUUUAUACAAAUUUUACUAACAUAUAUGUAUAUAUGUGUAGCUAUUUGUCCCAGUAUAAAUUGUAUACAUAUGUAUGUAUGAAUGUACAUUUAUAAGCAGUUAAACAGUUCAGUUUAUAAAUUUGCACUUUACAUAAAUUCAUACAUAUACAUACAUAAAUAAGUAUGUAUAAACAUAUAUAUAUAUAUCUAUAUGCAUUAUAUUUACAUGUAUCAUAAACUUUAGUGCGAAAAUUAUAAAUUAAAUACCAAUGGUUUCAUAUGCAUUAAUGGGAAUACAGUGCACGUUUAUAUGCAUGCGAAUUUCGCUUUUUUAGACAAAUGAAGAAAUAAAUUAAAUUAUUUGGCAUUUAGUUUUGCAUUUUAGACAUCUGUUCAUAAAAUAAUACUUAACUUGGGCUCACAUUGUCCGAAGAUCAUAUCACCAGCGAUAUAAUAUAAUGUAUUAAUGCAUACAUAUGUAUAUUGUUUACGGACCUCGUUUUAAGACAGCAACUUAAAAUUUUUAAAAAUUAAUAAUCAUGGCAAAAUUUGAACUUGGCUAUAAACGUUAUCUCAAUUAUUAUUCAUUUUUAACAUUAUUAGAUUGUUCCAAAUAUAGAGUAUGUACAAAAAUAUAUCGCAAGUAAUAUGUAUGUAUAACAUAUACUUAUAUAACAUAAUUAUUGGUAUUAUUAUAAUUUUAAUUUUUUUGGAACAUGUUGCAUACUUCAUAUUUAAAGACAGACUUUUGAGAAGAAUUACCUUACAAUUCCAAAAUUAUAUUUUCUUUAAAUAAAAUUUAGUUCUGAAUUGGGGGACAGUGAACCGCUUCGACAAAGUUAAACAUAAGCCCUAAAGUUCGAAUAUUAGCAUAUAAACAUAUGUACAUACUGUGUGUCUAAAUUAGAGGUACCAAAUUCUGCUGGUAGUUGUUACAAAUAAAUAAAUAAAAAUAAAAUUUAAUUAAGCCUACGAAUUUUGACCAAGUUUUUUUUUUAUAUAUAUAGUACAUAGCAUGGAUAAAUAUUGUUCCAAAUAUUUAAAUGUAUGUAUUUGUAUUAUAUGAAUAUAAGGAAUGUGUGAAUAGACAUACUUACAUACAUACAUACAUAUGUACUCAUGCAACUUCUUACAUACGCGUGACUUAAUUAUAUGAGCACAAGUGUAUAUACGGCGUAGAAAAACCCGCUGAUGUUGCAACCUGCAACUUUUCGCCUUGGUGACAAUAUUUUCUUUUUGAUAUAAUACGCUUCAAACUGUAGUAUUUUUUAAUUUCGCAUUCAUAAAAUAUUUAUGCACUUUUUAAAUUUAAGGAUGGACAAGUUAAAUUCAAGCUAUAAGAAUAUAUAUACAAUAGUAUGUACACAUAUACAUAUACUUUUAGAUACACAUUAUAUAUUUACAUAUACGUUCUAAACAUAUGUAUGUACAUAUAUGUAUAUGGGCAUGUAUAGUUAUUAUAUUAGAAUUAGUAUAAUAUUUAUGGUUACCUAGGCAUAAGUAUGUGUGUACAUAUGAACCGGCGGAAGAUACUCGAAUAUAAAUCUACAUUAUACCUACAUGUAUACAUCUAUAACAUAUUUGUACUGUAAUAUAUUAUAUACUAAUUUACCGAUAUAUUAUGUACAUAUGUAUGGAUGUAUAUGCAUAUGUUUAUAGCUUGCUAUUCAGUGAGUUCUUUGAAAAAUUAAUUCUUUCGCUGCCUUUAAAAUACAACACUGGACACGUUCACCUACACACAUACUGUCAUGACUCACAGAUACUAAACACAUAAGUACUGUACGGAAUUGGGAAAACACGUUCUGACUAUACAAUGUACAGUGUACACUAUCUACAUAUACACAUUCAUUUGUACGUAUUUGAACUAAAGCAACAGUUGAUUUGGCUUUGUAUUGGUUAGAACGACAAAUGCUUGCUUGCAUCGUUCACUUGUUCCGUCCGCUAUACUUUAUGAAUGUGUGUAUGUAUAUAUAAGCGCCAUGUAGUUACAAAUACAUAGAAGAUGAACCGAGCCAGAAUGUCUGGCAAAUGCUAGAGCAAUUUUGCUGCUAAUCGUUUAGUGUGGAAAGAAGAAACGGCGCAAUCGAACGUGUAUCAUAGGAAGGCGCAUUAUUGCACACGGGAAUAUAGUAAUUUUUGAGAACAACAAAAGCUUAUUGAGCGGUAUAAUUUAAUUUUGGAUGUCCAAACAUUGUAUUUUUGGAUGAUAAAAACUGUUUAAAAAUUAUUAAUGAUUUUUAUAUAAUGAUAUCUAAGUCAAAUAAUACACAAGUGCCAACAGCAGCAAUAAAUAUUUUACAAAUCACACAUACAAUAACAAAUAUGGCAAGUAAUGGCGGUGCGAACAACCUCACAAAUAAUUCGAAAAUGGGAUCUCGCCGAAUAUUUACACCUCAUUUCAAGCUUCAAGUAUUAGAAUCAUAUCGAAAAGAUAGUGAUUGCAAGGGUAAUCAGCGGGCAACUGCCAGAAAAUAUAAUAUACAUAGGAGACAAAUUCAAAAGUGGUUACAAUGUGAAUCGAACCUAAGAUCUUCAGUUGCAAGUAUAAAUCAUAGUGGCCUUAAACAUCAGUUUCAUAACGUUAGUCAACAACAACAGCAAGUGCCGAUUAUGAUGCCAACGAAUAGUAAUAGUCAGUUUGGCUACCAUCACUUUGAAAGUAAACCUCAACAACUGCCCUUGGACACAGCCAGACACAGUGUCGCUACAAAUUCUACAACAGUGCCAUCAAUACCAGUUGUGGUUCCAUCAACGAAUGCAUCAACACAAGGGGUCUAUGCUGCGGCGAACUUGGCCGCCGUUGUGGCGGCCGCCGCUGCAGCGGGUGCUAUAGCUAUUGCCAGCACUUCGACUACAAAUACAUCGUCACCACUAUGUCAGACUGUAGUAAGUGGCAACACUGCGGCAAUAUCGUCACCAAUUCUUCAUACUCACCACCUUCAGCCUCACCACCACCACCAUCAUCAUCAUUACGAUACGCCAUACACUCAUACUUCUUCAAAUAUGUCUAUACCGAUACCCGUUCUAACACAUAUUUCACCGCAACAUCAUCGGCACUACCCAUACAAUUUACCUCCGCAUACCCAUACACUGUUACAACCACAAUCUCGGGUGUCAACAAUGCCGUCACUAAUGUCGUCAACUUGUCUACCUGUGACUGUUUUGUCUUCAACUGACUUGGCUUCUUCAUGUCCGCCACAAACCAACAUAACGACAGAGGAAUUCCUAUUCGAACGAAGUGAGACAAUUAGUUCAAUUGAAUUGAGUGAACAUGAAACGAAAAUUGUAGUGGAUAACAUUGAAGAUUGCUGUGGCCGCAAAUCUUUAAAUAAAUAUCCUCAAAGUACAUACAUUGAGAAUGGAAAUCAAAAAGAAUAUACAUUGCAAAACUAUAACGCGACACAAGAAUCAUCAAACACAUCGUGCCUAACUGUUACGCCAAUCGAUCUAUCAAUUGGCUCUCGACGUGAGAAUGCUGAGAACAUAAAUUGUAGUUUAAGACAUUUAUCAAGUACUGAUGAUGUGGCCGAAAAUAAAUACGAGAAUGUGGUGGAUUUGACUUUUAGGAAGCGGAAGGUUAUUUCGAGGAAUGACCAACCAAACAAACUGAUGCUUAAUUCGAAAAAUGUUUCUACCACUUUAUUUACAAAAGUUAAAGAGCCUAAUGAAAGUGAUGAUGAUGAUAUCGAAGUGGAAAUGGAAAUUAAGUCACCUCCUCCGAAACCAAUAAAAUUAUUUAAACCAUAUCUCCUUGACGAAAAAGAUGAAAAAUUUAGUGAAAAUGAGGAAGCUUCAGAAAGAAAAGUCUCCGAUGAAAACGAGAGUUGCAUAUCUUCACUAUAUAAAAUGGAAAGUGAUGGAAAACCAAACGAUUUUAAUCCGUCAAAUAUUCCUGAACAUAAUUUUCAAGUAGAGAGUACGUACUUUCAAGGAUGCAAGCCGUUAAAUCUUCCAAGUGCCUUUCAUAAGACUGCAAUAUCAGCUCUAUCUCCAAUGAUUCCAUGUGCCGAAGGAUCUCCCGUUUCAGGAUAUGAGAGUUCGUCUUCAACAUAUAGUGAAUCAUCAUAUAAGGAGGAGUAUUACAGAAUAAAUGAAGAAAGAACCUGUAAUAUUGAUCUGCAAGUACAUGCAGUCUGUGAGAAUUUGACAUGCCAAGAGAAUUGCGUUCGAAAAUGGUUAAAUCAAGACACAAACUCAAACCCACCGGCAACGAAUGCUUCCAUAGUUUUGUAUGCCUAAGUUUUUUAGAUUGUACGAAAUGUAAUUUGUAAUCAUUUACAUACAAUACAUUGUGUAUACAUGUAUGCAGCAAAUUUUAAGUAAUGAUUAUUUACAUUAAAAAAUGGAAAAAUCAAAAAAUCUUUAGAGAGAUUUAUAGAAGGCUGUAUAUUGUAUUUAAAAAUUAUGGCAAUAACUGUACACACACAUAUAUAUAAUUAUAUAUUUAUAAUUAUAAUCCAUUUAUAAUUAUAAUUUAUUAGUAUCCUCGGAUGUAAAUAAACACCCAAAUGGGUAGUUUCGGUUGUUGUAAGCAAUGCAAUAACGUUGGGGGUUAAUAUUUCAACAUAUCAAUAUUAAAUGGAAUAAAAUUAUUUAAGAUAUAAG